AUGUAUGGCAGGAUCUUAUUAUUUCGGGUUGAGCCGUAUUGGGAUUGGAACCGUUGGUAUGAUUCUUCAUGUCUGAUGGAUAAUCCAUUUUAUGAGUUUAAAAAGUUACGCGAAUGGGACUGUCAUUUGUGUGAAGAUAUUACACAAUUUAAAAAAUUAUCCGAUAUUAAGGAUGAAUUAAUUGUUGAAAGAUAUAUUAGAAAUGAGAUCCCAAUUAUUAUUGGAUCAGAUAUGAUGAGAGCAGACAUUGAGAAGUGGCCCAUUGCUAGACAUGACUUUGCGUUAAGUCAUAUUCAAAAUAUAUACGAUGAAAAUGAUUGGAAAAAUGUAUGUCUUUUUAAGACUAAUCUUAAGGUCAACGACCACUUAAGUCUAUUAAAUAAAUUAAAAUCAAAUCAAUAUUCAAACAUUGGAUGGGAAAAUUGUAAUUCAAAAACAGAAAAACAAUUGAGAAAGUAUUAUAAUAGACCACAAAUGAUACCACCAAUGCUUGAAAUGACCAUGGGCAAUUGGAUACUCAUAUCAUACAAUUAUAUGAUUGAUCCAUCGCCUGGAACUCAAGUAUUAUUGAUGAUUCAAAUUAGAGGACAAAACAGGAUUAAAGCUGAAGCCAAACAUUAUUGCGCUGACAAAGGCUGUCAACAAUUUGAAGAUAUAUUAAAAGAAAAUGAAAUUUUGAUUAUAAGCGCACGGCUUUGGAAUUUGUCAUAUAUUCCGAUUAAAGCAAACAAUUCAGGUAUUGCUUUAAUAAUUGGUGCCAAAUAUAAUUAA